CACAGCUUGUCACAUGGUACAAGGCUGUUGUGAAUACUUGUACCAUGUGACCUCUGUGAUCAUUCACAGAUAUCACAAGUAGUAAGAAAUGAUGUCAGGAAGUGACAUCUUGCCUACUACUAUUCAUGUGACCACUGAUUGGCCAAUCACACAGAGGGCCUGUACAGCAAUCGGCGUUCCGCUGUGUCCAGAGGACACACCAUUGAGAAAUACUGUGAGAGCUGUGAUUGGUCACAGCUUGUCACAUGAUACAAGGCUGUUGUGAAUAGCCUUGUACCAUGUGACCUCUGUGAUCAUUCACA